AUGCCGGGCGUCGUCGAAAUGACAUCCAACGCUCCAAUGCCCGGCCAGGAUUUUGGCGUCGCACACCAGAAAGUCGAGCUGGAGAUCGACUUCAGCAGCAAGAGUUUGAGAGGAAGCACGGAAAUCACAAUUCAUCCGCAGAGAAAGGACUUGAGGGAAAUCCGCCUAAAUUUUCGCCAGGGCGAGAUCAAACGAUUGAACGUGAACGGGAAACCUGCCGCAAGCUGGGAAUACGCCGAUUUAUACGAGAAUAUUCACCUUUACGGAGCGCAAUACCAUCAACGAUUGACCCCGAGGAUUGACACGCUUCUCAAGACCCCACGCGAGCCCGAGUUGAAAGUCAUACUUCCGAAGAGUGUCAGGAUCGAAGAGCUUGAUCCUUGUUCUGCAGAGGCGCAGGAUCAGAUCGCACUUCAGGGUGCUGGGGAUGGUGUUGAUGGGCCGGUGGCUGGUCGGGGGCCUGAGGCCAACCUUCCACGCUUCAAGGCAGUAGUUUUGAGUAUCGAAUUCUCAACCGACCGUAUUCGUGAUGGAUUGCAGUUUGUCGGAGUGGAUGGUGGAGAUAGACGCUAUCCACAUGCAUACACCACAAAUUCGCUUGACUUGGGAGUCGGUUGUCCCUUGUUCCCUUGUGUUGAUGAUGCAAUGUCACGGUGCACCUGGGAAAUUUCCAUUUCAUGCCCCUCUUCAUUGAAAGAUGUCUUCGAGCGAAAGAACCGCGAUAGUGCUAGCUCUCGCUCACGGCCCCAACCACCUAGGCACAUUUCUGCGGAUGACGAGGGGUUAGAUAUGUCUGUCGUUUGCUCUGGUGAACUUACAGAUGAUAUCAUUGACCCAAAAGAUCCUAGUCGCAAAACCGUUUCGUUUGGAUGCUAUUCUCCACUUUCUGCUCGACAAAUUGGGUUUGCUGUUGGUCCUUUUGAAUACGUCAAUCUGGCAGAUUUUCGUGAGAGUGACCAGGAUGAACAACUUGGUCAGAAUGCAAUCCCUUUGCAUGCCUUCUGUUUGCCGGGUAGAGGUGAUGAAGUUCAAAACACCAGUUUCCCCAUGGCCCAGGCCAUUGAUUUCUUUUCACUCUCUUAUGGGUCUUAUCCAUUCUCUAGCUACAAACAAUUUGCAGCAAUCAUCUUCUCUUCCCCCCCUGAGAUCAUCGACCCUAUGUACGACUCAACGCGAGCACUGGUGCACGCACUGGCAUGUCAGUGGAUUGGAAUCAAUAUCAUUCCAAGCGAGCCUGCAGAUACCUGGGUCACAGUUGGCGUUGCCUGGUACAUCACUGAUACGUUCAUGAAGAAGUUGUGCGGAAACAAUGAAUAUCGGUAUCGCCUCAAGCAGAUGUCUGAUCGGGCCUGUGAGCUGGACUACGAACGUCCCUCCAUUCAUGACAUGGGAAACUUUCUAAAGAUUGAUCCAUCUGAGAAUCAAUUCAUUGCACUGAAAGCCCCUUUGGUUUUGUUCAUCCUCGACCGUCGUUUGACAAAGGCCAGUGGAAAAGCCACUAUGUCCCGUAUCAUAUCCCGACUAUUUCUCAAUUCUCGCAUGGGGGAUAUCCCCAAUGGUGCGGUUACAUCAUCAUUAUUCCAAAAGACCUGCGAGCGUCUCGGGCAUGCCAAGCUUGACGUUUUCUUCCAACAAUGGGUUUAUGGUGCCGGAUGUCCUCGUUUCCAGGCUACGCAGCGUUUCAACAAGAAGAAGCUUGUGGUUGAAAUGAUGAUCAGACAGGUUCAAUCUGAGCAACAGGCAGCUCGAGACCUCGACAAGAAUGCCUUUCUGCGUGACGUCAAGGAGGAGGUUCGCCAUGUUUAUGCCGGUGCUAUCCAACCUGUAUUCACAGGUUCAAUGACUAUCCGUAUUCACGAAGCUGAUGGCACCCCAUAUGAACACAUUGUCGAGAUCAAGGAAGGAAUAACGAAGUUUGACAUCCCCUACAACACAAAGUACAAGCGACUCAAGCGAAACAAGAAGCAAAGAGAGCGUGCGGUUGCAAAUGGAGACUCAGAAACUCAAGAAGAUGUACUUCUCUACUGUCUUGGAGAUGUUCUGCAGACUGAGGAAGAAACACAGCAGUGGCGCCUGGCGGACUGGACCAAGGAAGACGAAGAACGAAUGGGUCAAGAGUCUUACGAAUGGAUCCGAAUGGAUGCCGAUUUCGAGUGGGUUUGCAGGCUAUCUCUUGGUAUGCCUGGUUACAUGUACCUGUCGCAGCUCCAACAAGAUCGAGACGUUGUUGCUCAGUUGGAGUCCCUUCAAUACAUGGCAGCACAACGUGAACAUCCACUUAUCUCGACCAUUUUCGCUCGAACCCUCAUGGAUAGUCGUUAUUUCCACGGCAUUCGUGUGACUGCUGCACGAGCCUUGGUUAAACAUGCCAAAGAUGAAGUGGAUUGGAUUGGAUUAUUCCAUCUCGAGCAGGCGUUCCAGGAACUCUUCUGUCUUCCGGGAUCACCAAUGACUCGGUCAAACGAUUUCUCGGACAGGGCCGCGUAUAUUCUUCAACAAGAGAUCCCAGAGGCGAUCUCGAAGGUGCGCGAUAACAGUGGCAAAACCCCCAUGCGAGUCAAGCAAUUCCUUUUCGACAAGCUCAAGUUUAAUGAUAACUCAAACAAUGAGUACUCCGAUAACUACUAUGUGGCGUCUUUAAUGCGCUCGCUCUGCCACGCCCUCCUUGGGCGGAAUGAGUCACGUCAAGACGAUGAGUUGGAGAAUUUUGACAUGCAGCGCGCCCUCGAUGCCCAGGCUGAGGAACAGUUAGAGAAGGAUGCCCUCGCGGAGUUUGAUCGUUACCGACGAAUGGAUGAAUGGUCAGGUUCUUAUCAAAACCUCUACGCAAGAGCUGCACUGCAGUGUCAGAUGCAAAUGAUGCAAGUCAAGAUUCAGGAGGUCGACCUCAUGCGUUUUAUCCCUUACACUAGAGCUGGAACAUACGAUCUUCUGCGAUUGCAGGCAUUCGAUUGCCUGGUCGAACUUGAUAUCUCUCAACUCCCAGAAAUCAUUCGCUGGCUGAUUUACAGCAUGACCAGUGAUUCAUCUGCAUACGUCCGGCACCAUUGCCAACAAUUAUUUGGUCGAGCCUUGGCUAUGAUUGCAUUCGGUCGCCCUCCACAGCCAGAGAAUAACAACCUUGAUGGCUUGAUUAUUGAGCAGGAGUCCUCUACUGAGGUCCGACAGGCUGAUCUCGCACGUCGUCAAACUGUACCUGGCGCAAUUGAGGCUCUCAAGCGAGAGCUCGCUGGUGAUGCCUCCCUCAAGGAAUACAUUUGGGCUGCCGCCAAUUCAUGGCCUCUUGGAAUUCUCGAGAUAUCCGAGCUAGUCGACAUUUGCAGUAUUAUGUUCGAGCCCGUUACGUCUAAAAUGGCCCGGAUCAAACUUCCUCGUUUCUGGAAAGUCCAACAUAUGGGACGUGGAAAGAUGCGAUUCUAUCGGUCAAACAAUGUGCGCACAAGUCUUGCGCCGUCGAAGGAGUCGGCCAAGCGCAAGCGCGAAGAGCAGGUUAUGCCACCACCUGCUCCUCGUAUCACCUUCAAACAAUCCAAAACACACUCCACUCCUGUUCCUCCUUCUACCCCGAGUCUUCCCAAGCUUCAUAUCCCCAAACCAUCACCCACCCCUGCAGCGCCAAGUACACCUGGUGCCUCUACCCCAUCCACUCCGGGCACACUCAAGCUCAAGCUUAAGUUUGGGCAAAAACCAAAACAGUCUUAG